AUGCCGAAAAAGCAACGACAUACCGGUCAACCGGCACCGACUACGGCCUCUGCCUUCGACAAUGAGAGUGGCCAGGUAUACGUCAAGGCACAGGUUCGAAUAAAUUCCCGCCACCAUUCGGAUUGGAUUGGCGAGCUGAAGACUCCAGCUCUUGCCCGCCGUUCUAAUCCAGCCUCGGGUACUGGUACUCGGACACUGGCCGAGAUUGCGGCCUUCCAAAUCGCACAGCAAUUCAGAGAUCUCACGGCCGACCAUUUUGCCGCUCUUCCAUGGUCACUGGUGAGAAACGUUUGGGAGCAGGUCUUGUCAAGCCACAGGGAAAGCCUGCAUACUUGGAGGGUACUUGUGGCUGCGUAUCCCGUGGAAAUGGCUGUGUCAACACACAGAUAUCAUCUACACAUUCGACAGCCUUCGCUGCCGCUAGAGUCGUAUUUUGGUGGACUUUCCUCACAACCGGUGAACUGGUUGACAUGUCUUCGUAUAUCGCCAAAGGAGACACGGACGGCAGAUCUGGUGGCUGUCGCAAACAUCAAAAACCUUGCCAUUCUGGAUCUUUCGGACGGUCAGAAUGCCAUUGACAUCAAGACCUCAUCUUUUAAUGAACGAGUGAUGAGAUCUUGGGCAGAAAUUACCCAGGCCCGCCAGGGCUUUUGCUACCUAAGAGUUCUGAUGCUCGGAUGGCAAGACGUGGACAUGUGGCUAUUCAAGUAUCUACCAUGCUUCCCGUCCCUGUCGAAAGUCAUCAUCACCGACAGUCAGCACCUGACCCAGCGCAAUCGCAGGGAAUGGGAGGCCGACGCCUUGUCAGCCGGCUACGAGGCACGGCACGCCAAAAGGAGCGUCAAAAGCCUUCGAUCAGUACUGGACGAGCCGCAUUACUAUCGCUGCGCCGUAUCCGGUCUACUCUAUGAGGACCAAGGGCAAGCUUCGACAUCAGCCAGUACCUCGCAACCCAGUGCCAAGCCUCAAUUGCCCGUCCUUGAAUGCUGGCUGGGAAAUCCCAGGAAAUGGACGCAUAUUCUGGAAGACUUUCCUGGCACAAGGACCAUAUAUUUUGAUCGUAUAGCGGAACGUCAAACGAGUUCUGCCGGUUUGGACACCGUCAUCCAUCCUCGGAUCACAGAUGUUACAAAACGGAAUCGACAGGUUGAGAGUGGUGCAUCAUCUCCACCCUACAAGCGCGUUCCCAAGGCUGCGCCGAAACCAGGGAAGAUUCCAGGACUUGCUGACAUGCUCAGUGGGCUAGCUUAA